CUCUCCUGUCUCUGCUAGCCGCCUCCCCUGCCCGCCGUCUUCCUCACCCACCCCCUUUCUCCGUCUCCCUGGUCCCCGCACCUCCAUUCGGCCUCGGUUGCCUCGACGGAUUGUUGGGGCUGUGGGAAGAGAAAAGGAUAUCGCGAGUAUUGGAGUUUUGGUGAGAGUUUGUGGAAGAUGGCGCCUGUUGUGACAGGGAAGUUUGGGGAGCGCCCUCAGCCACAGCGCCUAACCAGAGAAGCCAUGAGGAACUACCUGAAGGAGCGAGGGGACCAAACUGUCAUGAUCCUGCAUGCAAAAGUUGCACAGAAAUCCUAUGGCAAUGAGAAAAGGUUUUUCUGCCCUCCCCCUUGUGUGUACCUGAUGGGCAGUGGCUGGAAGAAAAAGAAAGACCAGAUGGAGCGUGACGGCUGUUCCGAACAAGAGUCGCAGCCUUGCGCCUUCAUCGGCAUUGGCAACAGCGACCAGGAAAUGCAGCAGCUUAAUUUAGAGGGAAAGAACUAUUGCACAGCCAAAACCUUGUAUAUAUCUGACUCCGACAAGAGAAAGCACUUCAUGUUGUCUGUCAAGAUGUUCUACGGCAACAGCGCCGACAUCGGUGUCUUCCUCAGCAAGAGGAUCAAGGUCAUCUCCAAACCCUCCAAAAAGAAACAGUCCCUUAAAAACGCUGACUUGUGCAUCGCGUCAGGCACCAAGGUGGCGCUGUUCAACCGGCUGCGGUCUCAAACGGUCAGCACGCGCUAUCUCCACGUGGAGGGUGGCAAUUUCCAUGCCAGCUCCCAGCAGUGGGGGGCCUUCUACAUCCAUCUGUUGGAUGAUGAAGAGUCUGAAGGAGAGGAGUUCACUGUGAGAGAUGGUUACAUUCACUAUGGACAGACGGUCAAGCUGGUUUGUUCAGUCACCGGCAUGGCACUACCCAGACUGAUCAUCCGUAAGGUGGACAAGCAGACGGCGUUGCUUGACGCGGACGACCCAGUCUCCCAGCUCCACAAGUGUGCCUUCUACUUGAAGGACACAGAGCGCAUGUACCUGUGCCUUUCACAAGAGAGGAUCAUUCAGUUUCAAGCCACUCCAUGUCCAAAAGAACCAAACAAGGAGAUGAUCAAUGAUGGCGCCUCCUGGACAAUCAUCAGCACCGACAAGGCCGAGUACACCUUCUACGAGGGCAUGGGCCCUGUCCAAUCGCCUGUCACCCCUGUGCCUGUGGUUGAAAGCUUACAGCUGAACGGCGGUGGGGACGUCGCCAUGCUGGAGCUGACAGGACAGAACUUCACUCCAAAUCUACGGGUCUGGUUCGGAGACGUCGAAGCAGAGACCAUGUACAGGUGUGCAGAGAGCAUGCUAUGCGUGGUGCCCGACAUCUCGGCCUUCUGUGAGGGCUGGCGCUGGGUGCGGCAGCCCGUCCAGGUGCCCGUCACGCUGGUGAGGAACGACGGCAUCAUCUACUCCACCACGCUGACCUUCACCUACACGCCGGAGCCCGGGCCAAGGCCACACUGCAGCGCGGCCGGCGCCAUCCUGCGGGCCGGCAGUUCCAGCCUGCUGAGGGACGGUGGCAGCCAGGAGGGUGCCGCCGUCUACGCCCCUAGUGCCGCCACCGCCGCGGGAGUCACGUCCUCGUCCGCCGCCGCAACCGUGGUCUCUUAACACUUGAUCCCGUCUGCCUUGAGAGCAACUAUACCGGAGGGUGUGGAAUGACUUUGGGGAAGAAUCAAACUGCUGCGUAUCAAUUUUGGAGAGAAAAAUGAGCGGGAUAAAGGAAGAAACGUGGGUGGGGUCUGAAGGAGGAGUGACAUCACAAAGCUUGACGGGACGAAGCAGGACAAGCUCCCUCCUCCCCUGCGGUCACUUUGGGGACCUGCCAGGAUCCUUUCCUGGUGCUUUGGAAUGUUCCUGCAGAGCACCAGCAUCUUUCCACAGUUGCCACAAUGGAUCCACCACAACAAUACAUCCAGCGCACCUCCCGCCCCAAAAAACUAACGAGAGUGCUGAAGUGGAGUGAAUAUUUUUGCACUGCCCUCCUUCCAUGCUUCCAUGCUUCCCGGUGAUGGAUGUAUUGUUGUAUGAGGACGCAGAGGGACACAAAAAAGUGGCGGUGACGUCGUUUUUAUGGACCAAGGAUCUUGUAUAAGCUUUAGUAAAGGUACAUUUUUCUCCAUACCUUUUUUUGUAUUAAACAUAUAGUACACUUUUGUUACCAAAUAGUUUGUAUUCCUCCUCUGAUCUUGGGCUUUUUUCCCCCCUAAAAGUCAGCGAAGGUUUUCAUUGUGUGUAGUCGUGGGGGGGGACCUCAGAGGGCCUAUUUUUUAUUAUCAUUGGUUUUUAUGAAGUCUUUAAAAGAAAGAAAAGCUUUAAGCAACGCCUCUGCCUUGCCUUUGCCAAUAUGUGCGCCACGUCUCCGUCGGAAUUGUCCACGUCACGGAGCGUCCAAGCGGUCUUGUUGUUGGACGGCCUUAGCCUCACGUCAUAUCACGCGUGUUUGUGUCUUCCAGCGGCGUCAUUAGCGAGUCAAUGUGGCCUUACUGACAACUUCAGUUACACACAAAAAACACGAGAACUGUCGUUCUGAGCAAGAGCAUCUGCUCGCCUUCCUUCGAUUUCCACUGCUGGUACUUCUCACGAGCGCCUUCCUUUUUCUAACGCGACCAACAAAACACGGGUCCGUGCCGAUGGAGUGCAGAAAGGCCUUCUUCUUUUGUGUAUUAUUGAACAUUUACGAACAGCAAUAUUGUACAGCUCAUUAAUUUGUCCACCUGAGCACUACGAGUUCACCAGCCAGUGUGUGCGUGUGCGUGUGUGUGUGCGCGUGUGUCAUUAUGUAAUGGAUUAUUGAGUUAGACUCACUCCAUUAGCAUCCAAAUACUCCAAAAGGCUGAGGAAGAAAAUAAACUUGACAAUUAAAGGCAAUACUAAACAGCUUACAGUCCAACUGUAACUUGAAUGUGUUAACUUUGUCUUUUCUCACAACAACAACACACACAAAAAAGGAUUUGCUCAAUCCCCUUCAGUGGAAAAAAUAACACGAUUUAAGUUGAUAUGUUUUAUAUUGUAAUAUUUUAAAUUAUUGGUACAAAGUUUCCCCUUGUCUGAUGUCAAAAAAGUGCAUUAUUGCCUGCGCUGCCUCGGUCGGCCUGGGUUUUGUUUUAUUUAGAUUUUUAGAACAAAAAAAGGCCACUUCCUGUCUGGCGUAGCGACAACAAAUCUUUACGAACCCUUUACUGGCCAGGUCAGAGGUUGUGCAAUCUUGAAACUGUAGAUUUUAUUUAACAGCAAGUCUUGUCUAUGUUUUCUAACUCUAGACACUGUGUUUGUUGCUAGGAUCGCCCGCCUUCUCUGGGAUAUUUUUGGGUUGUUUACAUGUUGACCCCUCCCUUAGUAUCAUCUUCAUCAUCACAGAGUUCAAGGGCACACUUUGACCUUGACAACCUGAGCUGGUUUACACUUCUUUAAAGGGACGUGAGCGUCACGGGGUGUCGGAAAUGUUACACGCCAUAUCUGGAGUUGUUUUGGAAAAUGUUUUUUCUUUGUACUCUUCUGGAAGCAGCUGUCAUGAUUUUGUUAAAGGAGCUCUGAACAAUGUUUGUGUCCUGGAGAAAUGCCAAAUGUCUGAUCAUAUACAGUAGGUGUCAUGCACUGCACAGCGAGAGGCAGCUUUAAACCUUUUUUCUCCCUCUGUCGCUCUCAGCCUUACUUCUUCAGACUAUUUGGGCUGUUUGCACUAUAGAGCGCUAACACACUGUCACUGUAUGUGUGUGUUCUUCUCGUACUGGUUAUCGUGGUAGUUGUAGUACUAUACUCCUUGCGCAAAUGCUAGUUUGUAACAUUUAGCAAUAACGUCACAACAAGGGGACUCUUGUUUUUUAAUAGCAUAGUUUUUGUACAUAUUUCAGCUCCGGUUCAUGCUCCAGUCUGUCAUUAAAACACAAAAAAUGUCAUAAAAAGAGAAUUAAAAUGUGUUAUAAAGUCUCACUUUGUAUGU